CAAUUGUUAUCGCGGGAUUUUGUACUUUUGCGACAGUGUGACGUCUGUCGGCGGAAACGAUCAAAAUGGGGAAAGCGGAGUUUUUGACCCCGAAAUCGAUCAGCAACCGAAUAAAAGCCAAAGGUCUACAGAAGCUGCGAUGGUAUUGUCAGAUGUGUCAGAAACAAUGUCGAGACGAGAAUGGCUUCAAGUGUCACUGCAUGUCCGAGUCCCACCAGAGGCAGCUGCUGCUCGCCUCAGAAAACCCCACAAAGUUCAUGGACUAUUUCUCAGAUGAGUUCAAACGCGACUUUCUGGAGCUGCUCAGGAGGCGAUUUGGGACCAAACGAGUGCACAACAACAUCGUCUAUAACGAGUACAUCAGCUACCGGGAGCACGUCCACAUGAACUCCACGCAGUGGGAGACGCUCACGGACUUCACCAAGUGGCUCGGCAGAGAAGGUUUGUGCAAAGUUGACGAGACGCCUAAAGGCUGGUACAUCCAGUACAUCGACCGUGACCCAGAGACCAUCCGGCGGCAGGAGGAGCUGGCGAGGAAGAAGAAACAAGAGAUGGACGAUGUGGAGAGGAGCGCCAAGUUCAUCGAGGAGCAGGUCCGAAGAGGCCGCGACGGCAAGGAGACGGAGGAAACUCCUGUUUUCACAGAGCUCAAGCGUGAAAGCGAGGAAGAAAAAGUGGUCUUUAACCUGGGAGCGUCCGCUUGUGUGGCCGGCCCCUCCAAACCGAGCUCCGUCCUGGGUCCCAGCGCUCUGAAAGCAGCCGCGGCGCCACCAUCUGUGAAAAGGAAAGACCCGCCGUCCAGCUCAGACUCCAAAAGCGAGAAGAAAAAGAAGUCCGCCUUGGAGGAGAUCAUCGAGAUGGAGGAGAGGAAGAAGAAGCAGCCGUCCAGAACCGACUACUGGCUGCAGCCCGACAUUGUCGUGAAAGUGAUCACCAAAAAACUGGGAGAGAAAUACCACAAGAAGAAGGCCGUUGUCACGGAGGUGCGAGAUCGAUACGGAGCUGUGGUGAAGCUGAUCGACUCCGGGGACAAACUGAAACUGGACCAGAACCACCUGGAAACGGUCAUCCCUGCACCGGGUAAACGGGUUUUGAUCCUGAACGGCCCGUACAGAGACACGGAGGCCCUGCUGGAGGGCAUCGACGAGAAAAACUUCAGCGCCACGCUCACACUCGACGCCGGUCAUCUGAAAGGGAAGAGGGUGACCGUCGCCUACGAGGAUUUCUCCAAGCUGGCCUGAACAUUCGUGAACGUCGUUCGAUGUUUAGACUGAGGGACUCUACUGUGUCAGAGUUAACCCCCCCCCACACACACACACACCUGUACAUACAGCCAUCCCUCAAUCCACAUGCUGGACAAGUCAGGGAUAUUCACAGCAGCAGUUCCAUGUUUUUUUUAUUUUGUCGAUCCUGACGUCUGCAGGUUUGAAUUUGGUCUAAAUAAAGUUUGCAAAAAUAGA